GAAGCAACCUGACCUGGGCAUCCUCGCUCUGUGCAUCGUGAUGGUGACUCUGCUGCUUGUCACAGUGGCCGCAAGGCGCGGCUGGAACAACCCGGAGUUCCACCACCAGAUGGUCCACGUUCAGGUGAAUGGUGUGCCUGGCCGGUUGGUGCGCAUUUGUUGUCCCGGGGUGCGUCAUCAGGACAUUGAGGUGAAGCUACUGCCCAAUGGAUGCCACAUCGCCUUAACCCGGCCGGCGAUGCGAGGCCUCAAGGAAGCCCGGUGGCAGAAGACGCUACAGUUCGACUUCCGGGAGGGCUUCUUUGAGUUCGUGGAGGAUCAGAUGCAGCUGGAGCUUGGCCACCUGACUCUCCUUUUCCGCGAGACGCAUUAUCAGGAUCGCACGAUUCGCUUCGCACAGCACUUCAGCAUGGACGCCUUUGACCAGGAGUUGGUAUGGGAUUCACCUGGCAGUCCACUUCCAAAAGGUACUAGUCCGGCGAAGGACCACGGCGAUGAGUGCGCAUCCUCGAAGAGCACGGCCUCCUCUUAA